GCAAAACAAACGCCGAUGUGUACCUUGGCUAAGACCCAAACGUUGGCAAAGCUGAAUCUAAGCUCCGGAGAGAGAUUAAUAGCCAGAGCCACUAAAAUAAUCACCUGCCUCUGCUCUGGAGGUGAUGCUCAUGGGAACCAAGAAGGGCUGGGAGGGAGGCUGCGACAGCAGUGGCCGCCCAGCAACAACCUGCAUCUCUCCGGUUGGCCUAUCCUGAAAAGAGGACGUACAGAGAAAAAGGAUGUUUUUUUUCUCCUUGUAAUAGAUGCAUGUGGAGACCUGGGCCCUGCAGGUACGGACACAUCUGACUCCUGCCCAGAGGACCUCGCCUCUGACCCCCAGCAUAGGAAAGCAGCAUGGUUAGGAGGAGUUAAGCUUCGGCCGAAGCACAGGCGCAGUGACCCUGCAGGCCGACUUCACUCUUGGCAUUUAACCAAAUUUGAGGAAAACCAACCAGAUGUCAGCAUGAUGCAAAUAACUCCGGGCACGAUUGGCAGUCCUUGGCCCCAGAGAUACCAUUCUAGCUCUUCUACCAGUGACCUCUCCAACUUUGAUCAUGCUUAUCUGAGGCAGAGCCCUGACCACUGCAGCUCCCAGGGGAGCAUGGAGAGCCUGGAGCCCAGUGGGGGAUACCCACCCUGCCAUCUUCUUUCCCCUGCCAAGUCCACCAGCAGCAUUGACCAGCUGAGCCACCUCCACAACAAGAGAGAUUCAGCGUACAGCUCUUUCUCCACCAGUUCUAGCAUCCUAGAGUAUCCACCCCCUGGCAUCUCUAGCCGGGAGCGUUCAGCCUCCAUGGACACCACUUCUGCUCGGGGUGGCCUCCUAGAAGGGAUGAAGCAGGCAGAUAUUCGCUAUGUCAAGACAGUCUAUGAUCCCCGCAGGGGAGUCUCAGCAGAGUAUGAGGUGAACUCUUCAGCCCUGCUUCUCCAAGGUAGGGAAGCCCGAGCCUCAGCAGAUGCUCAGGGCUAUGAUAAAUGGCAUAAUGUUCCUCGGGGCAAGGGAGUGCCACCUCCAUCCUGGAGCCAGCAGUGCCCCAGUUCCUUGGACACUGCCACUCCCAACCUGCCUCCUAAAGUGGGUGUGCCCCUGCCCCCAGCUCGAAGCGACAGUUUUGCAGCCUUUCGGCAGCGAGAACGGCCCAGCUCUUGGUCCAGCCUUGAUCAGAAGCGCUUCUGCCGGCCUCAGGCAAACUCUGCCGGCGCCCUGAGAUCUCCCCUCCUAGAGGAACAGCUGCAUCCUGUGCUAGAGAGGAGUCCGGAGAACAGCCCCCCAGCGAAGCCCAAGUAUAAUUACACCCAGAAGGCCCAGCCUGGCCAACCUCUGCUGCCGACCGGCAUCUACCCGGUACCUUCUCUGGAGCCACACUUUGCCCAGGUGCCCCAGCCUUUUGUGAGUGGUAAUGGCACGCUCUACCCAGCACUGGCCAAGGAGACCGGGUAUACAACUCCUCAUGGAGCUUGUGAUGAGACUGCUACCUUUGACGAGAAUGGGAACCACGAUGGAUCUACCAGGCCUGGGUUUGCCUUCUCCGCGCCUCUAGAACACGAUUCAGUGUCCCCGGUGGAGAGGAAACCUGGAAGUUCAGCCAAAUGUGUCCCCUACAAAGUCCAUUUCCCUUCAGUACCUGAAAAUGAGGAGGAUACCUCCCUGGAGAGACAGCUCACACCUCUCCAAGGCAACAGCCCACAUCCCAGUGAGAGAAAGAGCACCCACAGCAACAAGCCAUAUUCUCAUUACCACAGCCUCAAAUGCCCUCAGGCCUGGCAAGUGGGCGAAGACAAAAGAUCUUCGGGGACCUCCGAGCUUUGGGACGGUGAUUUACAUGAAGACCACAACGCCAACCUGCAGCAGAGGCUAGAGAGAGAAGGCCUAGGCCAGAGCCUGCCGAGCAACUGUGGCAGGACCAAGUCAGCCUUUUCCUCCCUCCAAAAUAUCCCUGAGAGCCUAAGAAGGCAAAGCAGCUUGGAGCUAGGAGGGGGAGCCCAGGAGGGCUACCUGGAUGGCCGGUCUACCUCUGUAAUCAACAGCAAGGUGGAAGACUCUGGAAGGAGAGCUCUUCCUGAUUGCAGGAGGCAUCUGGACAGGCCAGUUUCCUAUCCAAGGCCUGAGGCAAGACCCAGUGCCUUGGCCUCUUUCCCCAGUUCAGACUCAAGGUACAGGGACCCUCCCUCCUCACCCCACCAACAGGUAUCCAGUCUGGGCAGGAGGUGGCUCAGCUCCAGCAGCGCCUCGGCUCUGCAAGGCCUUCAGCCCGGGAAGCCGCACUGCUCGGUGCUGCAGAAGGUUUCGGAGAUCGAGCAGCGAGCGCAAGGGCAAGGACGCCAGAGAGCCCGGAGCCUGAGCGGCUCUGGUUACGGCCAGAACCACAGGCCCAGCGGGACGCUUCCGACCUCGAAUACUCUGGGGGAUGACUCUGGGGACACAAAAGCCGACGCCCCUGUUCCUGAAUCCACCGGACUCCUGGGCAGUGCGGAGCGGCGCGUCACGCGUGAGCCAAAGCUGGAAGAGGCCUUCUGGCAGCCGGACGGCCAGCGGCGGAGGGGCGGGCCCGGUGUCGGCCGCGGGCCCCGGCUGCGGGGCGGAGAGCCCCCGGGGCGGGACACGCCGCUGCCCCGCAGCCAGAGCACCCUCCAGCUCUCCGGCGGGGACAGGCCCGGCUCGCCCGAGCCCCCCGCGCUGGACGCCCCGUUCAGCCGCGCCUACCGGGACAGCAUCAAGGAUGCGCAGCCCCGCGUGCUGGGGGCCACCUCCUUCCGGCGCCGGGACCUCGAGCUGGGGACGCCCGCGGCCUCGCGAGCCUGGCGCCCGCGGCCCGCCUCUGCCCACGUGGGGCUGUGGAGCCCGGAGCCCGCGGCCUCCGCCUCCCCGCACGCCCCCCGCGAGCGGCACAGCGUGACCCCCGCCGCCCGCCCCGCACCCCCGGCCCCCCGGAGGGGGCCGCGCCGGCGCCUGGCCUCGGAGCACAAGCAGCGCUCCUACUCGGAGCCCGGGAAGAUGAACGAGGUGGGGGUCUCGGAGGGGGCGGAGCGCGCGCCCCGGAGCCCGCCGAGGAACGGGCUGUGCGCCCCCGAGAGCGAGAGCCCCGUGGCGGGCCGGCGCCGCGUCCCCGAGCGCCCGGGCAAGGCCUGCUGCGCGCUCGGCCUGUCGCGCCCGGAGCUCCGGCGGUUCCAGCAGAGCGCGCUCGCCGACUACGUGCAGCGCAAGACCGGCCGGCGGCCUGGCCCCGCCGCAGGCCCCGGCCCCGGGGACCCCGCGCUGCUGCGGGAGCGCGCCCAGAGCAGCCCCCUGAGGCCCGGCGCCGCGGCCCCCGAGGGUCCCGGCCUGUGCGCGCUGCGGGAACGCGGUGGGCAGCCCCACGGGGAGGCCGUCCUACCCCCGGCCGCAGCCGCAGCCGCAGCCGCAGCCGCAGCCGCAGCCGCAGGGGGGGCAGGGGAGCCCCCGCGCGCGCCCAGAGACCGCCUCCAAGGGGAACGGCAACGGGGGGCCCCAGCCCCGAGGGAGCUGCUCGGAGGCGCUAACUACGGACCAAAGUGCACCCAGACGGUGCACGGGACCCCUGGGGAGCCCUGCGCGUGGGGGGCCGCAGCCAGGAGGACCGGGAAGUCCAUGUCCGCGGAGGACCUGCUGGAGCGCUCCGACGCCCUGGUGGCCCCCGUCCAUGUGAGAUCACGGUCCUCUCCCACCGCAGACAAGAAGCACCAGGAUAUGGUUUUGGGAGAAAACAACAGCUUUGAUCUUGUGAAGGAUGCGUGUUAUUUGGCUGGCCCUGGGUCUGGGUCACUCAGUUGUUCAGAAAGAGGCCACGAAGACAUGCCGUUGCUCAAACAGCAUCCUAGCCCUCACUGGCGUGGUUCAGGCUGCAAAGCAGUUGGUGGUACCUCUGUUCCCAGUGAAUGUCCUGGACCCCUAGAGCCUCAGCAGCAAGUUAACAAAACAAUGCCUUGCCCCAGGCUCCUGGCCCCAGGAAUGCAAGGGCAUCUCACAGACACCAGGGCUGUACCCCUGACCCCACUCAGCUCAGCUCUGCCUUCCCCUGUUCCCUCUAGCUCACAGGCUGCAACUGAUCAGCUGCUUGGAAGGGACAGCCAGACAGGGCAACAGCCUCUUCUAUCCUACACCCCAGCAGGGACCCACAGAAGCAAUGGUCACAGCCUGGUCCAGCCUGCCAGUCCAAGAAGCCAUGAGCCCAACAGCCCAGAGCAUGGGAUAGAAGAGGCAACAAGGAUGCGGGUCUUGCUAUCUCAGCGGCCUGCCCUGCCUUGGGUCAAGCGGGCCCACACAGUCAGAGAGGACAGCCUCCCCGAGGGCUCCUCAUCACCUGAGUUUGCAAACCUGAAGCACUACAAAACACAGCAGGCUCAUUCAAGCUCAAGCAGCACUCUUGAAGACACGCCUCUUGGGACCCCAAGCACUCCAGGGAGGAUCUCCCUCCGGAUAUCUGAGUCAGUCCUACAAGCCUCCCUACCACCUCGGGAGGACUAUGAUGAUGAAGUGUUUGUGAAGGACUUGUACCCCAAUGCCACUUCUAGUCUCACAUUGGAACUGCCCCCACCCCCACCCCCUCCACUGAGUCAGGACACCCCAGUGAAUAGCUCUGACGACUUUCCUCCACCUCCUCCCCAAGCUAUGUAUGAGGCAGAGCUGGACAGUGAGGAUUACAAGGAGCCCCAUACCAGCUCCAGCAAAGUUGCCAAGGUGACAGUUGCCAAGGAAAGGCCCAUUCCUGGUAUAGUCCAUUUGGCUGGUAGUCAGACACCGGCUUCCAGAUCCCAAACUUCUGUUAGAGAUUCAGAGACCAACGAGACCAGCCCACCUUCCGCCAUGGGUGCUCUGCCCCAACCUGCUGGGGCUCUUGGCCAGGAGCCAAGCCCAGGGCAGCCACCUCCCAUCCAUGACCCAGACUGUGGGACUCAGGGUUUAGAAAAGAAUGUUAGUUCUGGCCCUCAGAAGACCUCAGAAGACAUCAGAACAGAGGCCCUGGCCAAGGAAAUUGUCCACCAAGACAAAUCUCUGGCAGACAUCUUGGAUCCAGACUCCAGAAUGAAGACAACUAUGGACCUGAUGGAAGGUUUGUUUCCCCGAAAUGUUCACUUGCUGAAGGAAAAUAGCAUAAAGAGAAAGGCCAUGCAGAGAACUAUCAACUGUGCAGGAUACGAAGGCAAGAGGAGUGAAGACAAGGAAGCCAUGGGCAUGUUGGUCAACUGCCCUGCCUACUACAAUGUGUCUGCUCCCAAGGCUGAACUUCUGAACAAAAUCAAAGAUAUGCCAGAAGAGCUGAAUGAGGAAGAGGAGCAGGUGGAUGUCAAUGAAAAGAAGGCCGAGCUCAUUGGAAGCCUCACCCACAAGCUUGAGACUCUCCAGGAAGCGAAAGGGAGUCUGCUGAUGGACAUCAAGCUCAAUAAUGCCUUGGGGGAAGAGGUGGAGGCUUUGAUCAGUGAGCUCUGCAAGCCCAAUGAGUUUGACAAGUACAAGAUGUUCAUUGGGGACUUGGACAAGGUAGUAAACCUGCUGCUCUCCCUCUCCGGGCGCCUGGCCCGUGUGGAAAACGUCCUUAGCGGCCUUGGCGAAGAUGCCAGUAAUGAAGAAAGGAGCUCUCUAAAUGAGAAGAAGAAGGUCCUGGCUGGACAGCACGAGGAUGCCCGGGAGCUCAAGGAGAACCUAGACCGAAGGGAACGUGUGGUGUUAGACAUCCUGGCCAAUUACCUUUCAGAGGAACAACUCCAGGACUACCAGCAUUUUGUGAAAAUGAAGUCAACACUCCUCAUUGAGCAGCGAAAGCUGGACGACAAGAUCAAGCUAGGGCAGGAACAAGUCAAGUGUCUGCUGGAGAGUCUCCCCUCAGAUUUCAUUCCCAAGGCAGGGGCUUUGGCUCUGCCCCCAGACCUUGAGAGUGAGAUGGCUCCUGCUGGGAGGUGUACUUUAAGUGGUGUUUUCCCAACAUUAACCUCUCCACUUUAACCUCUUCUAAAAGACCCAACCAAAAGAUCACCCUUUCUCUUUCAACAUUAUUUAAUCUGAAAGCUAUUUCAGUACAAACCACCAUUUAAACUCUAUGGGCUAUUGGGGUUUUUCUGGAGAAAAGGAAAAAAAUUCUACCCGGGAAAGAGCCAGUUUUUUUCCUUCUCACCCUACAUGGUUGAUCUGAGAGCUUGAAUGCUGCUGGAAACUUAACCCCUUUCUAGUCUCACUUUCUAGUAGAAGGAAAAUUAAUGAAACUGUGAGGACUGAUUGGAAGGCGUCUGAUUGAUUGUUUAGUUUUUAACAAGCUGAGGCAACAUAGAUGAGUGUGUGUCACCCUCAGGAAUGUAUCCACAGUGGCCUUCCUUGCUUGUGGGCAGUGUGUCCUGACGACAGAUACAAAUACUAAUAAAGGGUCUGCAACAUAAAGCCUUAAACACACACACACACACACACACACACACACACACACACACAGAAGAAAACUGUAAAACCUUGAACAUUGUUGUUAUUUAUAUUUUUUUAAAAUGAAAAAAUCAUUGUUUGUGUGCUAACCACUUGAUUCUGUUUUGUGGUGGAUGUAGACAAUUGUGUUUGAGCUUUGUUAUUUUGUGAAAACCUUAAUGAAAUGAAGAAUUCCAAAGAUAGUCA